CCCCCUUCUCCAAACCUUGCACAAGGCCUAUAAGUCACGUCUGAAUUGCUACAAAGGGGUCCUUUGUAGAACCCAGCCCUGGAAUUACCCUAGUUGAAGCCAGGAUCGUCUUUCUCCACACUGGAGGAGAUUUCGACAUGGCCUGGCUGAUGUGACAGCUCGGGUUGCCUUCCUCCUCCUUCGUUUCAACAGGUUGCAAUCUUCACCGUCAGCACCGGAGAGGCAGAACGCCACGUCGCUCCUCCAGAAGACACCUGCACAGCUUGUUUUUUUUCAGAGGAUCUCAGAGCAACCAGCAUCGGGAGAAGAUGACCAAACUGAAGAUUGGUUUCUUCAUCUUAUGCUCUCUGUCUCAAGCCACAGGCUGUUUCCGACUCAUCACCCCCUCGAAAUGGGGAGCCAGGCCGGCCAAUUGCUCCGCGCCGUUGAGGGACGUCCUGCCCGAGUACGUGGUCAUCAUCCACACAGCUGGCAACCCCUGCUGGACUCACACUGCCUGCUACAACGAAGUCAAGGGGAUCCAGAACUACCACAUGAACCUCAAAGGGUGGUGUGAUGUAGCGUACAGUUUCCUGAUUGGUGAGGAUGGUUACGUGUACGAAGGACGGGGCUGGCGCAACGAAGGAUCCCACACCUAUGGCUACAAUGACCUGUCUCUGGGGAUUGCUUUCAUCGGCACUUUUGUGGAACGAUCCCCUCAAGAUAAUGCUUGGAAAGCUCUCAGAUGCUUCCUUGAUUUCUCGGUGAAAAUCGGCUACCUGUCGCCCGAAUAUAUAUUGUUGGCCCACAGUGACGUCAGUGACAUUGUGUCUCCUGGAGAAUUUAUCCGUGCCGAGAUUGCCAAGUGGCCAAAUUACAAGCAUUCGCUGUAUAUUUUGAAUCGUGGCAGACAAUAAAAUUCACCGAUAACGAAAA